AUGUCGCUCGAAGCCAUAUAUGUAGUCCGCCACGGUUUCCGAUCCAACUGGGUCGUGGACCUCAAAACAGGAGAAUACAGCAGUUCCAUCCCAACACCCACAGGUAUUCCAUCCGACCCAGCACUGGCAAGCAAAGGCAUCACGCAAUCCCAAGAACUCGCCGCCCACCUGAGCACGCUCUCCCCGCCCAUCCAACGCUUCUACUCCUCGCCCUUCUACCGCUGUAUCCAAACCAUCUCCCCCACUCUCCAAGCCCUCUCCUCGACCACCACCGACCCCGAAGCCCAAAAGAUCCGCGGCGAAAAUGGAUUGGGAGAAUGGUACGGCACGGCACGGUUUGACCAUCCGUCCCCCGCCAAUUCCUCAGUGCUGAAAUCCCUAUUCCCCGCGUUCGACGAGGAUUAUACACCUGUUAUUCGGCCAAGCGUGAAUGGCGAGACCAUUUCGGAUUUGCACGACCGGACGGCAUAUGCGUUGCAUAGGGUUAUUGAACGGAGUGAUAGGGAAGGCGUGAAGGCUAUAGUCAUCUGUACACAUGCGGCUACGCUGAUUGCGAUUGGGAGGGCAUUGACGGGGAGGGCGCCGGAGGAUUGGAGCGAGGAGGAUUUUAAGCCUUUUACCUGUGGGCUGACGACAUUUGUCAGGAGGGUAGGUGAGAAGGGUGGGCGUGUUGAAAGAGAAGUGGGCGAUUGGGAAGGGCCUGAGACUGCAAUCCCUACUGUGGAAUGGAAGGGUGGGAAUGGGGUUGGAGGAGGGUGGGAUGUCACUGGUAAUGGGGACUGCAGUUUUCUGAGUGAAGGAGAGGAGAGAGGGUGGCAUUUCGCUGGAGACGAGUCUUUUGAUACCACCCCUGCAUUAGAUGCCGGCUCUGCACUUGGCGUUGUUGUUGAGAGUAAGAAGGGGCCUACUAUCCCGGCAAGCUCAUCAAGAUUAUAG